AUGCCUGAGGCUCACGCACUUCGCGGAGCCGUUUCGAUGCAGAAGUACCCUCACAUCAGCGCCUUCUCAUCUCCCAACUUUGCUAUUCGUCACCCCUCAUCAGCAGUGCAGAGCCGUAGGGGCGUCAUCUUCGCCGGGCCAGGGACACUGCCCAACGGCCUUCGGGGGGGGUUUCUUCUGCAUCAAGGCUGCAAGGAGGCCUCUGGAGUUGGCAAGAGGAUAGGGCAUUCGAGCUGGCUGUUGGCGCUCCUCACCGCUGUUUUAUUGAUAGCAUCGCGACCCAUGGCAGCGCAAGGAAGUCCAAGUGUCGGCUUCGGAGGCCGCGUACUUAAAACGCUCCUCAAGGAAGCCUUGAACUCGAAUGACCCAUGUACAGCCCUCGCCGAUGCUGCGAAAAACGGGGGAGUGAGGGUCCUUGCUGUGGACUUCGACAUGACGAUGAUCACCGCACAUUCAGGCAAGUGCAGCCACGCACGAGGAAGUGCUUCCGACGUGCCUGAUAAUGCAAUCUUCACAGCUCUUUCACCGGACUUUGAUGCAUUUGCGGCGGCGGCAUCAUCUCGUGGAAUUCGCAUUGCGGUGGUGACCUUUGGAGACCCAAAAGCUAUCGCUUCGCGGCCAGGCCGUAUUGCAGGCGAAGAGCUCGUGCGGCGGGUACUUGCAGAAAGCGAUGCUUCGUUUGAUGUCCAAGCAGUGUUCCCUUUCUAUCCUUCGUUGUACAGGCUGCCUGCUGAUUACGAGCCACUGGGUUUAGAUGGGCCUAUGCCGUACAACAAAUCCUUCCACAUUGGCCAGGUGAUAAAGGAAUUUGGAGUUACCAAGGAGGAGGUGCUGCUAAUUGACGAUGACGGAAACAACUGCAUGGCGUUUGCAGCUGAGGGGGGCGUUGCCUUGCGAGUUGGUGGCGACCAAGGCUUCGAUUUUGCCACUUUAGAAGUCAUGUAA